UUUUAAAAGUCAUUGCAAGCAAGCCCCUUUCUUCUCCCUCUUGUCUUCUCCCCUCUCUUCAAAGUUGAUCAGACAAGUAGGAAAUCGCAAUUGCAAUUUUGGAAGGGAGGAAUGGCUUCGUGGAAUUCGAUUCCGCUGGAAAUCACAUACGAAGUUCUGGGAUGGGCGGCGUUCAUAAGUUGGUCCAUCAGCUUCUACCCACAAGUCAUCUUGAAUUUCCGGAGGAAAAGUGUUGUGGGGUUGAACUUCGAUUUUGUGGUGCUGAAUUUAACAAAGCACUCCUCCUAUCUCAUCUACAAUGCCACUCUCUACUUCAGCUCCGCCGUUCAAAAGCAGUACUUCGAGAAGUACGGCUUAGGACAGAUGAUACCUGUUGCAGCAAACGAUGUUGCUUUCUCAAUUCAUGCUGUUUUACUGACAGCAAUUACCCUGUACCAAAUUGCAAUCUAUGAACGUGGAAAUCAGAAGGUCUCCAAGAUUUCCAUUGGAAUUGUUGCUGCCGUGUGGUUAGGUGCUGCAGUUUGUGUUUUCUUAGCUUUGCCAAGUCAUUCUUGGCUUUGGUUGAUUUCCAUUUUCAACUCGAUUCAAGUUUUUAUGACAGUCAUCAAAUAUAUUCCCCAGGCGGUCAUGAACUUCCUGCGAAAGAGCACAGAUGGAUUCAGUAUUGGUAACAUUUUACUUGAUUUUUCCGGAGGAGUGGCAAAUUAUGCACAAAUGGCUGUGCAAUCUAUAGAUCAAGGUUCUUGGGUGAACUUUUAUGGAAAUAUAGGGAAGACACUGCUGUCUUUGAUAUCUAUAUUCUUUGACCUUCUAUUCAUGGGUCAACAUUACGUGCUGUAUCGUGGCAAGAGAGCAGUGAUCACCCCUAAAAUCAUCAGCAAGGAGAGCGCGGAGCCGCUAGUCAAGUCAUCUGAUGACCCAGUUUCGGAAAAUGUAUAAAGCUUUUGGCUUGGCUCUCAAGAUGUAUGAUAGAUAUUAGCUUACAUCGUCGGUGUAAGAAUUAGCAAACUUAUUGGGUUUCUGCAGAUUAUUUUACCUACAAGCAUGUUGUAUCACAUUGUGUACAGGAAAAAGAAGAAGGAAAAAACAUUUAUUUGGAGCAUUAAAAGUAGGCAACAGUGUAUGAAGAACAUUAUGCAAUUGAAGUGUAUGUUUGCAUAACACUUUUACUAGAGGAUCCGUAAGAAAUAAAAAGAGAGGUUUUUACA